CUGCACGUCGUGGUGGCUCGCCAUCUGGUGGUGCUGGCGUCAAAUUCAGCCGGCUAAUUGUGGGCACAAGGUCAAAAUCUCGAAUCCAGCUGCGUGCUAACUGGCUGUCGGUGUGGUGUGCGUUCGCGACGAGAAAACGAACGACAGGCGUGCGUUCACAAGCGAGUACGACCUGAUAAAGCGAACGGUCUGAGCGCUGCGCCCACAUAGAGGUUCGAUCUUCAGAAGAGAUGGCCUCGACUCGACCGCUCAGCAAGGAUUUGCCGGACAUUGAGGACCUGCUGGCCCUGAAUCCGAAAAUCGCCCCGUUCGCAAGCGUGGUGCCGUCGUCGGUGACCAAGCAGGAGAAACUCAAGUGGAAGCGCAAUGCCAACAAAAACUGCACGGCAUGCCCAAGUCUGGAAAACAACUUCGACGACAUCAAGCACACAACCCUGAGUGAAAGGGCCGCCCUGAAGGAAGCUGCACGCUGCCUGAAAUGCGCCGACGCCCCGUGUCAAAAGUCCUGUCCAACUCAGCUGGACAUCAAAAGCUUCAUCACCAGCAUCGCCAAUAAGAACUACUAUGGUGCCGCACGCCAAAUCCUGUCGGACAACCCUCUCGGCUUGACCUGCGGUAUGGUGUGCCCCACGAGUGACCUCUGCGUGGGAGGCUGCAAUCUGGCCGCCUCCGAAGAGGGCCCCAUCAACAUCGGCGGCCUCCAGCAGUUCGCCACCGAAAUCUUCCAACAAAUGCGCAUACCGCAGAUUCUGCAGCCUGGACUGAUCCGUCCAGCGGGACACGACCGCAAAAUCGCCUUGCUUGGCUGCGGCCCCGCGUCUCUCUCCUGCGCCACCUUCCUUGGGAGACUUGGCUACUCGGACGUCACGAUUUUUGAGAAGAAUGAUUUCAUUGGCGGAUUAAGCUCCGCAGAGAUUCCCCAGUACCGUCUCCCUUAUGACGUUGUCAACUUUGAAAUCGACUUAGUGCGAGACAUAGGAGUCAAGAUAGUUACGGGCAAAGCUCUGUCUGCAAAUGACCUAACCAUAAAGAGCUUGCGGGCGGACAAUUACUCGGCCAUUUUCGUCGGCAUCGGCCUGCCAGACCCAAAGAAAUUCGGCGUGUUCGCUGGCUUGGACGAGUCAAAGGGUUUCUACACGUCUAAGAGCUUCCUUCCGCAGGUGUCACGUGGCAGCAAAGCGGGAAUGUGCGCGUGCAGGUCCGCUUUGCCCAAGCUGUACGGCUCAGUUGUCGUUUUGGGAGCUGGAGAUACUGCCUUCGAUUGUGCCACUUCCGCCCUUCGCUGCGGAGCAAGAAAGGUCUACGUCGUCUUCAGGCGUGGAACGACAAACAUCAGAGCAGUUCCAGAGGAGGUGGAACUGGCGAGAGACGAGAAGUGCGAAUUCGUGCCCUUCCAGGCGCCGAAAAAAGUUCUCAUCGAAAACGGCAGAAUAUGCGGCAUCGAGCUCGUGCGCAACGAGCAGGACGACAACGGAGAGUGGCACUUGAGCGACGACCAAACUACGCGAAUUAAGGCCAACUUCAUUAUAUCAGCGUUCGGCUCCACACUGGACAACACUGACACUAAGGAAGCGUUAGCACCGCUCAAGUUCAACAAGUGGGGUCUACCAGAGGUUGACCCUGAGCUGAUGACCUCAAGUGAACCUGAUGUUUUUCUUGGAGGAGAUGUGGCUGGGGUUUCAGAAACCACAGUGGAGUCGGUGAAUGAUGGAAAAACAGCUUCUUGGAGCAUCCAUAAAUAUCUGCAAGGACUGGAAGGAAAGUCUGUGCCUGACACUCCUCAGCUGCCAAAAUUCUACACUCCGAUUGACACUGUGGACCUCAGCGUGGAGGUUUGCGGUCUCAAGUUCCCGAAUCCAUUUGGUCUAGCUUCCGCCCCGCCUGCUACUUCCAGCGCAAUGAUCAGGAGGUCGUUUGAGGCUGGCUGGGGAUUCGCUGUUACGAAAACCUUCUCCCUGAACAAGGAUCUGGUGACCAAUGUCUCUCCAAGAAUUGUACGUGGCGUGACGUCUGGCCACAACUAUGGUCCUGAGCAGGGCUCUUUCCUCAACAUCGAACUAAUUUCAGAAAAAUCCUGUGAAUACUGGUGCAGAAGCGUAACUGAAUUGAAAAAGGAUUUCCCAGAGAAGAUUGUCAUCUCCAGCAUCAUGUGCAGCUUCAACAAAGAGGACUGGGUCGAGUUGAGCAAGCUGGCCGAGGCGUCCGGAGCUGACGCCUUGGAGCUCAACCUCUCUUGUCCCCACGGAAUGGGAGAAUCUGGAAUGGGUCUUGCAUGUGGACAGAAACCGGAAUUAGUGAGGGAAAUUUCUCGGUGGGUCAGAGAGUCUGUGAAAAUUCCUUUCUUCGUCAAACUGACGCCCAAUAUCACCGACAUUGUUGAAAUAGCAAGGGCAGCCUAUGAGGGUAAAGCAGAUGGUGUGUCUGCCAUAAACACCGUUUCUGGUCUGAUGAGUCUCAAGGGUGACGGAACUCCUUGGCCCGGCGUCGGACAAGAAAAGUUGACUACCUACGGCGGCGUUUCUGGAAACGCAGUUCGUCCAAUGGGUUUGCGUGCUGUGUCCGCCAUCGCAAAUGCACUCCCUGGAUUCCCUAUCCUCGGAAUCGGUGGCAUCGACUCCGCUGACGCCACUCUGCAGUUCUUGAUGGCUGGCGCACCAGUUGUCCAAAUUGGCAGUGCAGUGCAAAACCAGGACUUCACCCUGAUUGAAGAUUACUGCACGGGUUUGAAAGCCCUGCUUUACCUCAGGUCCCUGGAGCACUUGAAGGAAUGGGACGGCCAGUCUCCACCCACGCCGGUGCACCAGAAAGGAAAGCAAGUCACAUUAAAUGGUGCCCUUGGAAAGAAACUUCCCCACUUUGGCAAAUUCCUUGAAGAGCGUGAAAAGGUUGAAUCCGAAUUGAAAAAGAAGGAAGACCUCCUGUCUGAAUCAAAGCUUCCGUUUGUCAACCGACCAGCCCCUGAGCCAGCAGUGUCAGUGCCUGGCUUGAAGGACGUCGUUGGGCAAGCACUGCCCAAGAUCGGAGCCUACAAACGCCUGGACAAUAAGCAGCAAGUAGUCGCCCUCAUCAAUGACGAUAUGUGCAUCAACUGCGGAAAAUGCUACAUGGCUUGCAACGACUCGGGCUACCAGGCAAUUGGUUUUGAUGCUGAAACACACAUUCCAUUUGUUACAAACGAUUGCACUGGCUGCACCAUGUGCGUUUCUGUCUGUCCUAUCAUCGAUUGCAUCACGAUGGUCAAAAAGACGAUUCCUCACGUUAUAAAACGAGGCGUGCCUAUGCCCAAUGCCCAGCAAGUGGUCAAAGAGUGUCAAUAAUCUUCAUUGUACAGAGUUUUUAAAUAGUUGGCUAUGGUCUAUUUGAUAUUGCGUUGAAAAAAUUUAAAAUUGAAGUAUGUAAUCAAAUAAAUUUUAUCGCAUGUUAGAAAAUAUGUAUGUAUUUCAACAAUUGUAACAUUUUGGAGUGGGAAAGUUACAACCUGAUUUAAGAGAGAAUGUAUAAUUAAAUAUUAUAUGUGUGGCUUAUUCUUUUUUGAAUGACAAUAAAUUGUUCAAAGUAUAAACAA